AAAUACGGCAACGUCAUAAAGCACUAAAAUCCAUUUUUCCUUUCAUUACAUCCAUUUUUCUCAUUUUCGUCUCCACUCUCUAUCACACAACAAAGAGUUAAUUUUGAAGUGAAAAAAAUGGGACAGAUCCAGUAUUCUGAGAAGUACGCCGAUGAUACUUACGAGUACAGGCAUGUUGUUCUACCUCCAGAUGUAGCGAAAUUGCUUCCUAAGAAUCGUCUUCUCUCUGAAAACGAGUGGCGGGCAAUUGGAGUUCAGCAGAGCAGAGGAUGGGUGCAUUAUGCUAUUCAUCGACCAGAGCCACAUAUCAUGCUCUUCAGGAGGCCUUUGAACUAUCAGCAACAACAAGAGAACCAGGCUCAGCAAGCUAUGCUUGCCAAGUGAAGAAACAUGUCUCUCGUUUCUUGUUUGUAAUGAAUAUCAAAUCAUAGACAGAUAGUAACCGUUCAUUUCAUCUAGAAAUGAUAUGAUAGCUUAUGGAUGUCUAGUUAAAUAUCUGGACUUCUGGAUUUUAAAGAUGUUAAGUACUGUGUAAUGUUUAGCUCUUCAUAUUGUGGAGUUUAGCUCUU